AUGGUCAGCCCUUCUAAUUCGAUCUCCGUGACAGCUGGUUCUUCGGUCACACUAGAAUGCGCAGCCGUGGGGGAUCCCCCUCCGGUGGUUCAGUGGAUACCCCAGGGACAUUCCAAUCUACAACUGAUGGAAAGCGGCCCUGGGGUGCUGAAACUAAUUGUAAAAAACAUCACUUCAUCGAACCAGGGUAAUUACACUUGUCAGGCCCAGAACAUCGUAGGAAUAACCAAGGAAACAAUUCAUGUAACAGGUGCGUAAGUUGAUUUUGCCCAGGUUAUCAAAAGAGCUCUUGAAAAUGCUUUUUAGAACUUUACGCUUCUGAUCACUAGCCGGUUAACAGUGCAUGAAAAGACUGUGACCGCCGGCAACCGAAUUAAGUUAAGAAUCGCCUUCUCAUGGCUAAGGCGUGUCCGGGACUGAAAGACGAUUGUUUUCGGUUUUAAUAUUUCUUCACUCAGAGCCUUAAAUUGCCACUGCUUACGAGACACAUCAUGAUAAAUCAGCUUCCUUUUAGGAAAUAAAACGACUUCACUAAAUCCUCAAAAGCCUUAGCAAACGCAAGAAAUUUACGUCGGUUUACGUCGUUUCCACUUAACUUAGUUGUCCUUUUUGUUGUUGUGAUUUGCCAGGACGAAGAAACAAUAUAGGACACAGCGUUAAAAUACCUUCACACGCCAUGGUAAUUAUUUUGGUUCCACUUUACCCAAAUGUCAACCAAAACACGAAGUCCUUUGAUGAGUGAAUUCUCAUCAGUUUGUUGACCUAAGUAUCAUCGAAUGCAUCAUCGAAUUUUCUUCGUGUGGCAUUUCCCAUCACUCUCAAACCAAAGAUACUCUAACCUCAAACUCUGUCUAAAAUCUGCAAUUGUCACUAGUUAAGUAAUUAAAAGUGUUACGAGUAAUAAUAGUAACAAUAAUAAUUAUAUAACAACAAAAUCUUGAAUCUUCAGUAAAGGAUAUGCAAAGAAUAGAAAUCAGGCCAGCACCAAACGUGACAGUGAGCGGUGGAGAUACUGUGAAUAUAACGUGUGCGGUAAUUGCGGGUAAUCCAACCCCGACUGUGGUCUGGGAACGAGAAGGAAAUAAACCGCUGAACAGCAGUAGUGAUGGCGUGUUGGUGAUAGCUGCUGCCAGUGGUGUCAGUCAAGGAAAGUACAUCUGUAGAGCGACGAAUAUUCUGGGGUCCACUGAGGCAGUCGCCUUUCUUAUUGUUCAAGGUACAAUUAUCUGGCAACGCGUUAUAAAAUGUACAUCACUAAAUAGGAAAUUUUUAAGAUAUAACGUCAAUGCUUUCUGAAAGCACACCAUUUUGUCAUUAGAGUUUAGACCUCUCAAAUGAAAAAUUAAUAAAGUUAUGCAUUUGUUUAUUUAUUCAUUUAUAGACCAUACAAUACCCUAUUUGUCUGUAAGAUAGAGCGUUUACCGUAACUAGCGACCAGCUCGGCAAGAUUCACUAAAGGGUCUCGCGCCUUCUUCCGUAACGUUUACCCCCAAUGACCGCCCGUCAUGGUAAGCCGGUUCUUCCAGGACGAUCUUACUGUAAGACGGGGAACUGCAAACAACCUUAUCAAUUCUUUUAAUCAUUUAAUCUAAUUAAAGGCGCCCUUGGUAGCAACUUUCAGUCUCAGUUAUGAUGAAUUGUUGUGGCUAAGCGUUCAAAGGCUAGUGUCUCUUGUACAGAAGUAAAAACACAAUGUAGAAAAGCAGUGCAUAACGCUACCUCUGGCUUAUGCUUUCAUGGGCCAUAGCCCAAGUUUCUGCGCCAAUACAAUAAAGCACAUUUCUUUAAUACACAGGUGAGCCAAAGAUAAUAGUGAGCCCUUCCAGUCUCGUAUCAUUUAAAGCUGGCAGCUUUGUCUCUCUAGAAUGUGUAGCAGAGGGAAAACCCACCCCAGAUGUUCAAUGGGAAACUCAGCUUAAAUCUCACUCCAGCCUUCAGCUGGGGGAACGUGGCCGUGGUGUCUCAAAACUGGUAAUUGAGACCGUGGGUCCAGAAGAUGAGGGCAAUUACACCUGUCAGGCUCAAAACAUGGUAGGGAAGACCCAGGAAACUGUUCAGUUGAUAGGUAAGUUCGUAGUGAGACCAGUUGUAAUACAGGUUAUUGUUGAAGUUUGUAAGUUUCUUUGCCAACUUAGAGCUGGAUAUAACAAAAGGGCAUCGGACAAUAGAUGGAAUUGCCCACUAGAGGACAAUAAAAUUAAUGUGGCUUGGUAAUUAAUACAGGCGCUAUGAUAUCUUCAUGCUGAUAUUUUUGUGGAAACGUUGUGUGGAAAACUUUGUCAUAGCCCAAUGUGCCAGUUUUAAUGACGAAGUUACCUUAACUCAGCAUGUCAUUUGCCUGAGAACGUUUCUGGUUUUUCUGACUAGAAUGAUGUUCUGGUGGGUAAUACCGGUAUGUCCUUUUUCCACCGUUCUGAAUGAAAUACCAAAAAAAGACCUAAUAUUUGCAGCUGUGCUAUUCUUAAUUAUCAGCCCAGCAGCCUGACCGCCUCUACCCCCCACUGAAUCUUUACAGGCUCAUUUUUAGCCCCACUCGGAUGAGAAGCCAUGAAGUGUACGAGGGUACGAUAAGCCCUGAUAUCAUGCAUAUGGUUACCAGCCUCAGGGCUGAAAAAUCACCCACCUUAAACUAAUCUUAGCUGUCCUAACAGUUAACUCUGAAAUCACUCUUUUUACUUUCAUCUGUUAGUAAAGGUGAUGCCAAAAAUAGAAAUCAUGCCAGCGAGAAAGCUGACAGUCACAGGUGGAGAGAGUGUAACAUUCAGAUGCGUAGUGAGGGCGGGCAACCCGCCUCCAUCGGUGGUCUGGGAAAGGGAGCAAAAUAAAACGCUGAACAGCAGUGACAACGGCGUCUUAGUGAUCUCUCGCGCGUCCGGUGACAGUGGAGGCAGAUAUAUUUGUAAGGCGACAAAUAUCCUAGGGUCAACUGAAGCAGCGGCUUUGCUUAUUGUUCAAGGUAAAUUUUAAUCUAACACAAGCCAAGGGCAACUACUCUACAAAUACCUAUCUUGUUUCUGACAACCCUUUUCAAGAACCACCACCCAAAACAUCCAAAACUCUUCUUGUGUGUUCGUUUCUUUUUUUCUUGUCCGUCUUUUAUUACUAUGAAUUCCUGAAGACAAACUUCAUGAGGAAAGUAAUGGCCAGUUGUCGUUUUUAGCCAGAUCCUUAUCUUUACUUCACUUACAACAGCACGAGUAAGCAAUGACUACAUUACCCAAGGAGAAAUUAAAACAAUACUUAUAAUUAAGAGUUUUAAGGGGACAAACGACGAAUAUCUUGACCAGUGCUGAAAUGGCGAGACUUUUCAACAAGAAGGUAUCUCGUUUCUUCCUUUUUGAAACCUGUAUUCAUGUGCCAGUGAUAAAGCUUAUUUUAUGGCAUCUUGAAGGUAGUGACUGCACAAUUACGGUAUGGUUUGCUUAAUUGUUACACAGGUGAACCCCAGUUGAUAGUAAACCCUUCCAGUCCAGUCUCCGUGACAGGUGGAAGCUCGGUCACGCUGGAAUGUACAGCUGCAGGGAGUCCUCCUCCAGUAGUCCAAUGGAUUAUUGAAGGGCAUCCUCGGUCUAAUCUGCAAAUAAGGGAAACCAAUCGUGGGGUGUUGAAGUUGGUUAUUGAAAAUGUCAGACCGGACGACCAGGGGAACUUUACCUGCCAGGCAGAGAAUAUUGUAGGAUUGACUCAGGAAAGUGUGCAGUUAACAGGUAUAUUCCUUAUGCAGUGUAAUGGCAGCAAGGUACUGAGAAAUUAGGGACUCGCUAAAUGUCCUUCUCAGACAUCCGAAAUGUAAACGAUCGUAAACAAAUCAUUUCCUCUUUUGCUUUCCACCAUAUCAUGAACCGGAACUGGUUAUCAUAGAAUAACAAGGUUUUAUUUGUUUUUCUUAGGUUUUCUUGCGAAAUUGCAACCACUGUUUCCUCAUUUUUUUAAAUCUUAUCAUCCAAUGUUGACAUUAAAGAUUCCUUACUGUCGAGGAGUGUCUGUGUCUAGCCUGACAAAACAGCUGACAUUUCGAGACGCCAUCAACGGAGAAUACGUCUAAGGAACGGGCGCAGAAAUUUCAUACUAAUGAUGUGUCAAUACCCAGAUCUGGAGAGUGCCAACCAAAAUCACUACCCAGGUCAGAGUAGUAAAACGUCAUUAGUAUAAAAUUUCUUCACUCGUUCAUCAGACGUCAUUUCCAGGAAAACCAUUGGUGGCGUGGCGAGAUGUCGGCAGUUUUUUCAUGCUAAGCUCUGUCAGGAUGUCUGUCAUUUUACAUUAAUUUAGAGGAACUUUUGCUAUUGUCCUUGCUUUAAUUAAAGGAAGCUUUAAUUUUAGGCCAAACUUGUUCUCAAAGAGGAUUGUAUGACAUGAUAUUUUAAGCAUGUGGCGUAUGUGUGGAAACUUUUUCACACUUAUUCUGCUUAGAACAAAACUAAUGAGUGAUACAAAAGUUGAAGUAAAUUUAUGUUUUGUUUUUCUCCAUUGACGAAAUAUGACCUAAGGUUAUUGUGAUUCCUUCUAGUAACUGUUCCACUAGAACCACCAGAGAUCCUCUUAAAUUCUGUUUUAAAAACUGUCAUCGAAGGAGAAGACGUGGAGGUUCGGUGCAAUGCAUCUGGCUUACCAGCUCCGACCAUUGUCUGGGAAAGACUGGGUUCUAAUUUACCCAGUGACGCCCUUGAUAGAGAUGGAAUACUGAUGAUCCCGUCUGUCGGUGCAGAAGAUGCUGGGACGUACUCCUGUAAAGCAGUUAAUAGUGAAGGGCAGGACAGUUUUAGUAUCAAGUUGGAAGUGAUAGGUACGAUUAAGGAAAAAAAUUGAACCCAAGAAAAGAGAGGAUAAAGUUUCUCGAAUCCAGGCUAAUCAAAAUUUAUUACUGAGAAAAAUCACAUUUAGAAUCCAAGUUAGAGACAUUCAAAGGUUUCAAAGGUUUUAUUUCUUGUAGCUCAACAGUAAGAUACCUCUCCCACAAAUUUCAACGUAAAACAAAUUUUAACGUCAAUUACCAUUGAUCGUGUAUCAUUGAUCGUGUAUCAUUUCGUAGAGGCAUAUAAUCGAGUUACACAUUUUAUCCUGGCGAAGUUCAACGAUGCCGUCAACUGGAGGUGUAAAGGCCAUUUCUUUAUGUACCACUUUGACCAAUAAGGCAUCCUGUUUCUGAGCCUUCCAUAAAAAUUGUUCCUUCUUCAUAUGCUUUAAUGUGAAGAAGCGCUUUGAUUAAUAACUAAGGGACUUUCCCACGCUUUCACUUGGUAACAGUUCAAACUAUACGAUAUUUCAAAAAAGCCCUUUUUAAAUAAGAAAUGGCACAUGUCUUACCCGUUUCUGUACUACAGUCAAAUUUCCCUUAGGCAGACACCAUCGGCAAGCAAAAAAGUAAUUCAUUGGGAGCUGGCCGGUAACAAAUCAUGCUUUUGUAGUGAAGUUCCUAAUGGGAAGAUUUGUUAAGGUGGCCGUAAGUGAAGCUGUCCGCUUGAGGCAUAUCGUAUGUCCGUCAAAAGAUAAAAGAGCUUAGACUGCUACUACCCUGUUAUACACCUCUCCCAUCAUAUCCUUUCAACGUGAUUAUUACUAUCAACGAUUUCAAGUAAUGCUGUUUUUUGAACUCGUGGUUCUUUAACAUUUACCAAACGUUUCGAAAACAAUGGAAAAAUGGAACACCACCUUUAUGAACUUUUAGGAGAAACGACAAAUUUAAAAAUGUAGCCAUGUGGUUUAAUAUUCCAGACUGAAAUUUGUGUUUUCUUUCUUCCCCAAACUUGAUUCCUCCUAUGAGCAUAAACUUAAACGCAACAUCUGAAGGAUCAAGGAGACAAAAUGUAGUGAGUUGUAUUAAGUUGUCAUACCAAGCCUCGAACCCCUUUUAUUGUGUCUUCUCACCAAGGCAGAAUUAUGAAUUUUUUUUACCAUAAAACUCGCAAAUAGUGAACUGACCUAUGUCUACAUUUAAGUGAUAAACAAUCCGAACCCUACCUGUUUCUUUCUUUUUUCAACUAGUGCCUCCUCUAAUCGACGUGACUCCCUCCGAGAUCUCCGUCAAUCAAGGAACCUCCUUUAACAUCUUUUGCAUUGUUAGGCCAUCACUUGCAAUCACGUGGUCAAAACUCAAUGUUAGUUUCCCAAACGGCAUCGUGAGCGACAAGGGGACCUUAAAAGUCAGUGAGGCGAAACUGAAACAUGCAGGAACAUACCGCUGUUAUGCUAACAAUUCAGCGGGCUCCAGUGAAGGCUUUGCAAGCGUCGUCGUGUAUGGUAGGAACCUUUAGGGGCCGUUAAUUUAAAAAAAUAUCGCAGUAUAUAUAAAAAGUGCAUACCUCAAGAGUUAAGGUAAUAAAAGUUUUAAUUGUAAAAACACAAAAAAAAAAGGCCUUUCAUCCCUUCUUCUUCUCUCUCAAUGACUCCCAUUUAUCAUUUUUUCCCUUUUAUUUAGAAAGAAACACUCUAUGUUGUACUAUAAAUUCUAUAUUGUACUACAAAUGAUGUUUUUUUGUGAUGGCAGUGAAAGUGUCUUUGAAAUAUACGUUCGAGUCUUGUUGCUCUUUGCAUAUCGAUUAUCUUCAUUAUUUAUCAACUUAUAUUUGGGAAAUCAGUGCUAACCAACACGCUAGUCAAUUUUCAGUUUCAUCCCAUGUUCAAUUUGUCCUGGCUUUUUGACUGACUUUCGUUCUGAUAUCUCAGCUGCACCAAAAGUGGUGGCCUGGCCUAGAUCUUUUGAAGCAGCGCAUAAAUCCAAUGUUACAUUUCACUGCAACGCGACUGGCAUACCCGACCCGGUGAUCUCCUGGUCAAAAGAGGGAAGCGACAUUCCCGUACGACACUCAGCUGGUGUCUUGAGUCUUACAGGAGUUAUCGGUGACGAUAAUGGUCGAUACAUCUGCACAGCAAAAAAUGCUGCUGGAACUUCUACAACAUCUAUAGAACUCACUGUCGAAGGUUUGUUAGAGCUUCGCUUUGAAGAAAAAGAAGUCACUUUCUGUUCAUCUCCAUCCCCUUUUUAUGCUUAUUUCCCUUUAUCAUGCCUAAGUUCAUUGGUCCGGUUCACGACCCCAUAUUCUAAAAGUACAGUGUUUAAUUAUAUCAUAACCAAAAAUUAAUGUCCACAAAUCUUUUUUUUCAAAUGUCGAGCCAAUUCAUUUUACUGUAAUUAUAUUAUGCUAUACCCUUGAGUUUAUCCAAUUGUUAUUGUUAUCAUUAUUAUUAUUAUUAUUAUUGUUGUUGUUGCUGCUGUAAUUAUUACUAUUGUUAUCUUUAUCGUUUUUUGUCAUUGUAUCAGUAUCAUAAUCAUUAUCAUUAUUACUAUCAUUAAAUCAUUCGUAUGAGUAGCCAUGUAAUCAUAUCCUUUUCAGAUCUACCCAGUGUGGUUAUAACAGGUGGAACCUCCGUCAAAACAGUUUCAGUAGGAAAGAAUUUGACUUUAGAAUGCAUCGCGAAUGGAACCCCACAACCAGAAAUACAAUGGACCCGCGUCGACGGUCUGUUGCCCGAGGGACUCAUUUCAAAAGGAGGACAGCUGAUUUUUUCCGCGCGCGCGGCUUGCCUAUGGUGGUGUAUAUAG